AUGCAAACUUCUAAUCGAAAACAUAAAGAAAAUUCUCUUCCCCCGUUAUCAUCGGCUUCUUCUUCAUCCUCGUCACAUAAUAGAUAUUUUGUUGUUCCAACCAGUCCAAAUGCUCAACAAGAUAGAAUGUCCGUUUACUCUUUUGAAGGAUCAUGCAAAUCACCAUUACGCAGUCCACAAUUACCGAAAUCUCCAAUUAAAAGUCCUAAAAUUCCUAAAUCCCCUUUAAAAAGUCCUCAAUUACCAAAAUCACCGUUAAAAAGUCCAUCACAAUUAUCUUCCAAAUCACCAUUAAAAAGUCCACAAAAAUCUCCAAAUUCAUACAGUCAACAAAGUGGCAAUUAUUUUAAUUUCAAUGUACCCCCACCAUCACCUCAACAACAGCCGCAUCCAAAAUUACAAAAAAUGUGUACAAAAGCAUUCUCACAGAAUGAUGAACAUCGUCAUAUUCGGAAUGGUAUACCGAAAACGAUUUUAACUAAAACUCAAAGUGAACCUCGCAGUACAGUAACUUUUGAAGUAAACAACAGACCAUUUGAAUUUGCUAAAAAUUACGAUAAUUCUACUUUAAAUAUACGCACAAAUCCUGGUUACUUAGUUCAUUUACAAUCUCGAAACAAUUCAUUAGAUCGUGAAAAAACCGAGAAUGUAUCUGCACAACAAUGUCGUAAAUCCACAAGUGAUUUAACAGAGAUUGCAUCGAAUGCAAAUAUUACAGAGACAACAAUUGUUAAGUCAAUUAGUCGAUCAUCAAGUCCACGUCGGCGGGGUUCAAUGAAAGGGGGACUAGCUUAUCUAGCAUCCCGACGUGGAUCAAAAGACUCCACAGCAUCAAUUAAUGAAGAAGAUAUUGGUCCAUUGAAUUUUCAAAAUACAAAUCGUGCACGGAAUAGGCGAACCUCGAAUUUUCUUGAAUUACCAGUUCCUGAUCAUAUUCGACCACGAGUAUGUUCGUUACCAGAAAAAGCUUAUAAUCCACGACUGAGUGAUGAUUUGUACAGGCUAAGAACAUUUUCAAUAACCAAUAAAGGAGGUGUUGUAAAUUGUGGCGAUUCUAUUAUUAACAGACGUUCAAGAAGUAAUACAAGUGUUAACUCAACUGCUAGCAGGCAAAGUGGAAUAUCUCAGAAUGGAUCACCUUAUGAAGGGGCAAGUAGUUGUUGCUCUGGUUAUCAAGUUGUUGAUUCGAGCUCAAUGGAUUCAGGAAGUCCCCGAAGUUUAUCACAUGAAGAAGAUGAAAUACAGAGAUACCGAGUGGUUUUACUAGGUGAUUCAGGUGUUGGAAAAACAGCUUUAGUAUCACAAUUUAUGACGUCAGAAUACAUGAAUACAUACGAUGCUAGUUUAGAUGAUGAAUUUGGUGAAAAGACUGUGAGUAUCUUAUUGGAUGGUGAAGAAUCAGAAAUGGUAUUUAUUGAUCAUCCAACAAUUGAAAUGUCAGUGGAGAAUUCUUUAUCAACAUAUGAACCCCACGCAUGUGUAGUAGUUUAUUCCAUUGUCCAAAAAGAGUCAUUUAAAGCAGCUGAAGACAUUUUAAAUUAUUUAUGGCGAGAAAAUUAUACGCAUGAAAAGUCUGUUAUUGUAGUUGGCAAUAAGGCUGAUUUAGCACGAUCUCGAGUCGUUUCCACAAACGAUGGGAAAUCUUUGGCUAUAUCGAGGGACUGUAAAUUUAUAGAAACGUCUAGUGGUAUACAACAUAAUGUUGACGAAUUAUUGGUUGGUAUAUUAAAACAAAUUCGUCUCCGAGAGGUACGUGAUCGAAAAAAAGGUGGAUCAUCAAGUACAUUAAAAGAAUCAAAAAGUCGACGUAAAUUACAUGGUUCAAAAACCAGUUUAAGUUUAAAUAUUGCACGAGAAAUUUUACAAAAAAUGUGUUUAAAUGAUAUAACAAAAUCAAAAAGUUGUGAAAAUUUGCAUGUUUUAUAA